AUGAAUGAGAAAAAUGAUAGUGAACUCCCGAGUAGCGAUCAUGACAAUGACCUUCAGGCCGUAGGAGAAACAGGCCCAGAUGGGAGCGGCAAGAUGAAGGGAAGUCAGGACGUUGGAGAUUCUGCGGAAAACUCGGUGGACGGGGUGAACCCUGCCUAUUCGGCCGACUCGAAGGAGAUAGCCCAUUCCGGGCACGUCAGCACGGAUGAACAGAGCGAGCGCAACGAAGGCCCGGUGCAAUCGUCUUCCUUUUUUGCAAGGUGUUUGAGUAAGAUAGGAAAUUUUAGCAGUGCACCGUGUGAGGAGGGAAACACAGAUGGUAACGCUAACGGUAACGCUAACGAUAAUGGCGAUGGUAAUGCUGAUGGUAACGCUGAUGGUAACGCUAAUGGCAGCGUGAAUGGUAGCGCGCACAGCGGCAGUGAAUUGGGGUUGUUAUCCAAAGGGGCAAGCAGCGAGUUCCAGACAGAGGGGACGAACAUCGUGCCACAGAGCGGUGAGUUGGAGUUAGCAAUAACCGCCAUAGCAGCGUUUAAUAAAGGAAAAGGUGAGAUAAAAGCAUGUAGGGGAGAAAUUUACCUCACUGAGAAGGAAUUUGCGCUGAUAUCCUACGUCCUUUCAGGCAGUGGUUUCAGAUUCUCCCUUAUCGAUGACCCCAAGAAGAAAAAAAAGAGGGAGUUGUUAAGGCUGGAUGAACUUCUACAGGAGGCCAAGAGGUGGAAGGGUGAAGGACUUACCUCGGGCCUGAAAAGGGAAGGAACCCACGAGAGGAGACAGGGGAACCUAAACUAUGUGGACAACAGUGAAGAUCCAAAUGGUACAGGUCGCUACGAUGCAGAGGAUGACAACAAAGAGGAAGGAAAAUUGGUAACACGCUCAGGUGGAGGAGUAGCAGCCCACUGUGAUAGGAACGAACUCACUAAAAGGGAAGAAUCUCCCACAGGACGGGAAACACAAAGGAGACCGAAGGACGGUUACAACCAUCUCGACUCAGCUAGCGAAAAAGGAAAUAAAACAAAUGAUCAUGUAAAAAACGAACUGUUAAAUGGAACCGAUAAUAAGGAGAGGAUACAGUUAUGUGAGGAAGUUUUUACUCUCCUAAGAAACACCUUUUAUGACAAAAUAAUAAACAUAGAAAAUAAUUUUAAAAAUUUAAGCCACAAAAUUGAGGAGAAUAAUUGUUUCUAUUUCCAUUGUAUCCUGGAUAAGCUAAAGAAUGGGAAAUAUGAGAAUAUCCUUUUUAUUUAUAAUGACGUAUAUCUGUACGUGAACAACUUAUUGUUCCUGUCCAAACCGUCUAGCUUCAUUUGGAUGAAAGUGCAUGAGUUGUCGACUCAAAUUACUGGUUCCAUUUUGGAGCUUCAACAUAGGAAGGAGAAAAAGAAGAACUCCUCUUUUCAAGGUGCACAGGGCACGUCACAAGAUCAUGUUAAUAAGGACGAUGUUGAUAAGGAGAAGGCUCUUUUGCAUUCCCCUGAGGACACCAUUGAGCAGUCCAUCGAGGAGGAGGAGAAGCUGGCCUUCCAGGUACUCCUGGGCAAGUUACACCAAGACAUACACUUCGAGCUGUUCCGGAAAUUCAAAAACAAAGCCGUGUGGAAAACCCUCGACAGCGGCGAGAUCGAACUGGACGACAAACUCACCAAGGCGGACGUGUUCAGAGAAAUGUACAACUGGUGCAAAGCGCAACUGGAGUUGAAAAGCAAGCGUAGUGAUGUGUCAGAAUCAGAGAGCGAUUCUUCGAAGGACUCAUAUUAG